AUGGAAAUCGAAAAUAAAUGCAAAAGUGAAGGUUAUAGAGUGCAUAUGUAUUGUAAUUUGACAGCUAGCUGAAUAUAAUUUUGUGCAUAGCAACAUAUAAUUGCAUGCAUGGCAACAACUGCGUUCAGUUGUUGUAACGAUCAUGCGGUCAUGACGUCAUUAAACACUCAACCUGAAUCCGCAGUACCAACAUAUUCAAUUUCAUCAAGUUUCAAUCGUGCAUCUAUAAUUUUAUUUUUUAGUGUCCCACCACGAAUGAUGCUGUGGUCACAAAGGAACCAAAAUCUUUGGACACCUUAGUUGAACUGGCGUGUAUAUUCCGCGAGAAACACGAGAUAUUUUUACGAGUGACGAAGCUUCUUACGAUACUGUGUGGAAAUGAAGAUAUCAGAAAGGUAAGAACAAUAGACUAUAGAGUGUUUGCAUGUGACGUCAUAAAACUUCUAAAAGCUUAUGCGUUUAACAUAUAUAGUUGCCCAUUUUAUAUAUUUUGUAUAUCCUUACUACAAGUAUUCCCGACAAAUUUCAAGUCGAUACAGUUAUUCCUUCGCGAGUUAAAGGGGCUUGAAUAAUUUAUAUUGCUGACGUCAGCAUUAUUUUGAAAGGCCGUUAUAAGCUACGCGGUUUUCCAAACCUAAGUUGAAAUAGUUCGGUGGGCUUUCAAAAGCUUUAUAUAAUUAAUAUCAAACAUAAUUGUGGACCUGUGUGAUAAAAUAUAUCUUUUCUUGAGCAUUUACUACACGGCCGCCAUGUUGGUGGUCCAAUAUUACGCAAUCUCAGACCACCAACAUGGCGGCCGUGUAGUAAAUGCCCAAGGAAAGAUAUAUUUUAUCACACAGGUCCUCAAUUGUGUUUGAUGUUAAGUAUAUAAAGCUUUUGAAAGCCCACCGAAAUAUUUCAACUUACGUUUGGAAAACCGCGUAGCUUAUAACGGCCUUUCAAAAUAAUGCUGACGUCAGCAAUAUAAAUUAGUCAAACCCCUUUAACUUGCGAAUGAAUUACUGUAUCGACUUGAAAUUUGCUAAGAAUACUUGUAGUAAGGAUAUACAAAAUAUAUAAAAUGGGCAACUAUACAUGUUAAAUGCUUAAGCUGUUAGAAUUUUUAUGACGUCACAUGCAAACACUCUAUAGGAGAAUAUUAAGGUUUGAUAGAUUUUAAGGAUUUAUCCGGUGUAGUGGACUGGAACACAGGCUAGCAAGCCAAUAAUUUUAUGGACUGCAGGUAACUUCAUCUGGGUUUUAUUGGAGAAGUAUCAAACAAAGCAUUGUCAAUCGUUAUUUGAUGUCAGUGACUCAGUGCAAAUCAAUACAAAUAAUCAUGACGAUCCGAGCUCAUGGAUGGAAUAUUUAAUUGUCGAAUAAAUAAACGGUAGUGUUUUCCAUUAAACAAGCAAUUAUGUUUAUCGCAAUGGAUUUUUUAUAUUAAUUAUUUUAUAUGUAUAUUCUCCAAUUUCAGAGCCUGCUCAGUAUGGAGAAAGCGGUGAACAAAAUCAAAUCUAUUUUCGCACUGACAAGGAGAAAACAUGAAUUCGAAAUGAAGCGAAAUACAGCAAAAGCCAAACGACUCAGUGUCUGUACUCAGAACACGAAGAAGAAAGUGGAUAAUAAUUCAACUGUUAAUCCGUUGGCAGCUGUUACAAGUUUAAUUGAAACAUUAGGUUUGGGUGUAAUCACUGUAAUGGGUGUAUAGAAACAAACUUUAUGAAUUUUAUAGCUAUUUUUUUUAAACAAAACCUAUGGUACCCAAAGGCCAAUGACGUCGAUGGCCUCGACGCGAGUCGCCACAAUGUGACCAGUAACGCCGAAAACAAACAAACAAGACCAGUUAACAAGUUGUUACUGAAGUUUAGUUUCAUAUUCUGCAAAAAAAAAUUGGUUAAAAAAACAAUUCAUGGGUUAUUUUAAUCAAUUUGUUCUUACAGUAUACCAAAUUAUUUGAUCAAACUGGACUGAGCAAUUUCACACUGACUUUCAUUUUUUAAAAUUGUACAUGAACAAAAGUUAUUAUAGGCAGACAAUGGCUAAUAUAGCCAAAAGUACGUACAAUAAGAUUAACGUUCAUAUAAUCAUGCAACUGCGAAGCGUUUCUUUGUAUGUAUUAAAAACCAUAACACAUAUUGAUAGAACGACUGGUACAUAUUACUGGGUGGCUGCAUGGUGAAUGUUAAUUAAAGAAGACAUAAAGCGUACACUACUCGUGCCCAAACUUCAAUUGAGCUCAGUUGGUACCACUGCUGCAACAGCACAAUAUCUGUGCUCGUUCAUGACGGGAAGAUAUUCCCAUGAAUAACCUCCUAAAACAUAACCCUCGACGGAAUUCUGAUGCAUGCCAAACCCACCCAUAACUACAAUUAUGUUAUCGGUAAUAACUGCACAUGCCAAAACUCUCUUCUCUAACAUUGAUGGUAACUCUUUUGUUUCCCCUGUUUCACAAUCAUACAUUAGAACAGUAUUUAAUGCGAUUCCAUUCCUACCACGACCUCCAAGUAAAAUCACCUUGUUUUGCCAGCGAACUGACGCUGCCCCCGUCACAGCAUAAGGCAAUGGAGGCAUGGGUUUGCACUCAUUCUUGACUAUGUCAAACUCUAUUACACUAUCUGUUAUAUUGCUAACACUAGGAGCAGUUUCUCCUCCCAAAACCACUAUUUUGUCCUUAAUUACCUCCGCGCAAUGAUGUUGCCUCGGUUCGGGCAUACGAGACAACUGUUUAUAGGUGUAUGUAGGUGCAGAAAGAUUUAAUUCUGAAAUUAAAUUAUCAUAACAACGGUUUUCAUCAUUGUACCCACCAAUAAAAAACACUUGAUCCUGAUAGAUUACGGUAGGUAGGUUAGUACAGCAGUGUGUCCAUAUGGCUGGAAAUUGAUUCAUCUGUAGAAGAGAUUCACUUAAAUGUAUGACUCGUACCGAAUCUCUGCAAACGACAAACAAUUGAUCUUUGUAGACAAAAAACACGAUGGCCGUGGAGCAAUUUUCCAUUGACAACACUCUUUUCCACACAGACUCUUUACUAAAAUAUCUCUCCAACGAAUUUUCGGGGCAACCUCCUACUACAACGAGGUCGUUUUUUAGUGUAGUACACACUUUCGUGAUUGAAGAUGAAAUUUUAACUGUGAGUUCAAGAGCAGUCAAUUUGUCCAAAACCAAUGCCAUCAUCGCUUUUACUUCCUUACAAUUACUUUUCAUUUGCUCUUCUAUUUCAUUCAGGCUGCCUUUCAUUGCUCCAACUUCUUUUUCCAUUUUUUCCUUGAUAUCUUCAACAUCUUUCUCGAUCUUCCCACAGUUAUGACACUUCACUUUCCUGUAUUCGCAUACUGUGCUCUCGUGAUGAAUAAUCUCUCGCUUAUUAAUUGACAUUCCGCAUUCCUCGUUUGAGCAUUUCACCGGAGCAAACCCGCAAUUCUCGACGUGAGAAUCUAGCUCUUGAAGACGAAUGUACUGUUGACAACCUCGGUUAGAAUAAUCGCACUUUAUCUUGAGUUCAGAUAAAUAAUUGCUCACCAGACGCGGGGCUUUGCGAAGUGUUUCGACAGUCAAGUCCUCGUUACAUUCUGGGCAAGUAUGCGAGUUCACAGUUAAAUGUUCAGUGAUACAGCCACGGCAAAAUAUGUGUUCAUUAUUUCUACACAUCAUUGGUUCCUUAAGAACAUUGUAGCAGAUAGAGCAAUGAAAGUUGGCAUCGACAGCUUUCUCAAAACGACUAUCUUCGUAGCCAUAUUUCUCUUCCGUCGGGCAAUACGCCAUUCUCGAGAGGACGCAAACCUAAGCCGCCUGUUUGCUUACAUAUCUUUCUAUUCUAGUGUCCUUUAACACAAUGUUCUUUAACACCGUCCUUACUCCUGUAAUUACUUGCUGUACAUCGUCACAUAAUUUGAAAGCGAGACAACGUCUUCGAUUCGUGUCUUGCUGAGUUAGUUUCGUUUUGUG